UCAUCAUCAUCAAAGGCCUGAGACCAGGACCAGUGUGAAGCCCAGCAGCAGAGUUCUGAAUCAACUGGUAACCCAAACUUAAACCUGACUCUAAACUGGACCUGUUUCUAACCUGGACCCUCACACUCUGUGAACUCAGUCCAGCUCUGAUCAUCACCACUGUCGACUCGACAUCCACCAAUCAGACAGAAGAGAAAAACUGACCAACCACAGACUGAGGGGUGUGUCUGACAGCUCUGAGACCCCGCCCACACAGUCUAUAUAAAGCCCAGAACCUGAACCAGGACGUGCAGACCCUGCAGAAGCUCACAGUCCAGUGUUUGCAGACCAGUCCUCAGUCCUGAUGGUGGUGGAGCUGAACAGCAGGGUGGAGGUGAUGGAGGGAAACCAGCAGAGAGUGGAGGCCAACAUCCUGCUGCUGGGGGCUCACAACGUCGGCAAGUCUGCUCUCACUGUCAGAUUUCUGACCAGGAGAUUCAUCGGAGAGUACGGAGACAUCGAGUCGGUUUACAGCCGAGUCGACAGGAUCGACGGUCAGAACAUCUGCUUUAACAUCUGGGACUCUCAGUUCACACAGGCCGGGGAGAAGCAGCUGCAGUGGGCCGACGGGAUGAUCCUGGUCUACAGCAUCUGCGACCGCGGCAGCUUCGACGUGGUCCGGCAGCAGCUGCAGCAGAUCCGCGGCGGCAGGAAGCCGUCGUCCGUCCCGGUCCUGAUCGUGGGGAACAAGCGGGACCUGCAGCGGUACCGGAGCGUCUCCAGCGAGGAGGGCCGGCUGCUCGCUCUGUCGCAGCGCUGCGGCUUCUUCGAGGUGUCGGCGGCCGAGACGUACCACGGCGCCCUGCUGGUCUUCCACCGGCUGGUCGACCUGGUCAGAGAGACCCGGGCCCUGAGGAAGACCAACGCCGGAGUCCGAGGGAUCGUCCGCAGCGUGUUCGGAAAGAAACGAGCCGAGUAGAGGAGGAAGGUUCAACACGUGAACGUUCUUUACCGAGUCUGACGUGAGCAGAUACCGGAGCGUCCGCCUCAGCAGAAAGGUCAAAGGUCAAAGGUCAGGGACGAGGUGGUCAGAGGCAUGUUGAGAGGAGCGUCUUCAUUUGAAAGUGUGGAGGGAAAGUUGGUGAAAGAAAAGUUGUAGAAAUGAUUCAGAGACGAGAGGCGGCUGCUGAUUGGACAGAGGGAAAGACUGAGCUAACUGCUGAUUGGACGGAGGAGUUCAUACUGAAACAUCUCAACAACCCUCAGACGGACUGAUGUUCAUGAUCCCCAGAGGAUGGAUCCCUCUGACUCUGGUGAACCUCUGACUUUCCUCUAGCGCCACCCUCAGGGUCACAUCUGUGGAUUUUGCUGAAAUGUCUCAACAACCAUCAGAUGAACUCAGACGUUCAUUUUCCCCUGAGGAUAAACUGUCAUAACUUUUCCUGUAGCGCCACCAUCAGGUCACUGUUUUCAGGUCUCUGGUUUAUAACAUGGUGAAUAAUGUUGGUGAAGAUUAAACCUGACAGACAUCAACGCAUCAGCAGCUCGUGGACAAAGUGUCACAUUCCUGCUACUCAGAGGAUGAACCCUCCCACAUUGCAGCCUGUAGGAGGCGCUACAGCACCACAAGGCUUCACUCUGCAGACACAGGUGACCUGAGGGAAAUCAUGUGACCUGAUCAAGCAGCAGGCCGAUGAAGUGACAGAAUAGUUAUUGAUUAGAAUAUAACGAUGUCAUUAUGAGGUAGUUGGAGCUAAAGAACCUGAGGGAAGUUCAAAUGCAGAUUUGUAAAUUUUUACAUGUUGUUGUUUCUGUGAAAAUGAAAUGAAUGUCACUGAUGAUGAAACAGACGAAGAGGCGUUCAGAGACGACGCUGCCGAUCAGUUUGUAAACACGUUGUAAACAGACGAUUUUUCUAAUAAAAACUGAAGAGAAACUGAGUCUGCCUUUGAUCCUGAUACAAACACAGUGAGGUGAAGCUGUGAGUCCAAGAAACUUUAUUGAACACGUCGCAGGUCGACAGCUGCACAACAUUCAAACACUUUGAUCUUCUGUCUGUGAAAUAAUGAGAAUAAACUUGUCUGAUUUAAAUAACAUGUUUAAACAGUUUGAUUCAGUUCAGUCUCAUGUCAUCAGUCAACACUGACUCUCUGUCUCUCUUCGUUCAGCACAAUAACACAUUAAAGGUCCAACCUGUCACCUUUUACUUAAUUUAUAACCUUUAAUAUCACCUUUAAAACCUGUUUCCUUCAACAACAACCAGCUCAUCACUGUGAACUCAGCUGUUACACAUUUCACCGCUGUGUCACUGUCGUCAUGUACGGUGGCUCUGAGGAGCCAAACAACAGGUCAGAUAACACCAGGUUUAUUAUUCAGCUCAAAGAACAUGUCGUUAAAAUCAAUGUUUUCUGUGUUUCCUCCUGUUUUAAAGUAAAUGUUCAAUAUCUUCAUAUAUUCAACAUGAUCAUAUCGACUCACAUUUAACACUUACGCAUUGUGAAGAAAAUAAAUAUGAAGCUGGACUGUA